CUUCAGCAUUUCCUAUGGAAUUUGAUAUGUCACCACCCACUCAAAGGUGAAAGGUAAGACAGAAUCGCGGAAGUGUUCAUUUCCACAUGCAAGGAGUAGCUGGGUCUUUUUCUGGGGAACAACAUGUCUAUGGCUGAAUUUGAAAAGGCUGCCGAUGAGGUGAGGAGGCUGACGGUACAACCUAGCUACGCUGAACUAGCAGUAGUAUAUGGUUUGUACAAGCAGGCAACACUUGGCAACGUCAACACGGAGCGUCCGGGAAUAUUUGACUUCCAAGGAAAAUCUAAAUGGGAUGGUUGGAAAGCACAGGAAGGAAAGUCCAAAGAAGAUGCCAUAAAAGAAUAUAUUGCCUUUGUGGAAGAAAUGAAAGCAAAGUACCCAAUGUAGAGGUUAUCUUAAGGACAUUAGUGCACAUUAUUCGUAGAAGAACCAUUUUAUAAUUAAGCAAUAAGGCCUGAGGGGGUGUGGUAUAUGGCCUCCACUUUGCGUUGUGCCUAAGAACAGCCCUUAGCCGUGGUAUAUUGGCCAUAUGCCACAAAUCCCAGAGGUCCCGUAUUGCUAUUAUAAACUGUAAUGUAGAACAGUAAAAAUAAAUGUUUUGACAUACCCGUGGUAUAAGGUCUGAUAUACCAUGUCUGUCAGUCAAUCAGCAUUCAGGACUCGAACCAUCCAAUUUAUAAUAAGUUACAAUGAACAAGAAGGAUCAAAUCUGACAUUGACAUGGGUAAAGUGUUGAGACAACCAAGAUCACAGUUUUAGACCACUCACCAGCAAUUUGUUGUUAUCCUGUUGAAAAAGUGCAGCCCUUGAUCUUGGUAUUUAUUUCAGAAAAUGUCUUUAUUUUUUUAUACAGUACAUUGGUGCAAAGGAACAGUAAAUUAUGUUUCUUAAAAGAUCUGUCUUCAAAGUAUAAUAAAAAGUGAGAAUUUUCAAUCAUGUUGAUAAAUUCUCUGGACAAAAGGCUGGUCAUAACCAGACCUCUUUCCAGGAUUUCUCUUUCACAUGUUGAUGUUGAA